AUGCUAUCUUUCCUCGUUACCGCUCCAGGAUUGAAGCAUCUUGACAUAAAGGGCCAAAUUGACAACUCUGGAUUCCCACUUGCUCGGCUAAAAGAAGAAUGGCAAGGCCCGAUCAAUGCUUGCCCACACAAGCAAACAUCUCAACUAAUAUAUAAAGAUAUUCUUUUCAAGUUGGCAGCUAUUGGCGAUCUUUCUAACCGUCGAAUACUCAGCUUUGAAGAUACCUGUGAUCCGGUAAAUUUGGUAAAAAUCGCUGGACUUUUCCCCGAUCUCGCGCGACUCUUCAUCGACCCGAAUCCCAUAGGUCAGCCCUAG